GUAUUGUUAUUCUUAUUCAGUGUUCAAUUGUCUCGUUUGAUUACAAUUGUACAGGAUAGAUUCGCCUUCUAACAUUCUGCAUCACGUUGCACCUAAGCCAUCCCUUAUAAAGCAAGGUUAUCGGCAUCCCCCAAAGGUUUCGGAAUAUUUAACUUUUACGGAUUUCAUAAUCUUCGUAAAUCAUAAUAAGCAAGAGCGAGGAGAACAAGAAAAAACAGAAGAGCACACUCUUUCCAUCAUGCCCGUCGUAUCAGCAGCUCGGUACGGAAAGGACAAUGUCCGCGUGUACAAAGUCCAUAGGGAUGAGGCGACGGGUACGCACACUGUCACGGAGAUGACCGUAUGCUGUUUACUCGAGGGGGACAUCGAAUCGUCGUACACGGUGGCGGACAAUAGCGUUGUCGUGGCCACCGACUCCAUGAAGAACACCAUCUACAUCAAAGCCAAGGAGCACCCCGUAAACCCGCCGGAACUGUACGCCAGCUACUUGGGACAGCAUUUCCUAGACCAAUACGCCCACAUCCACGCCGCCAACAUCAGCAUAGCCGUAAAGCGGUGGUCCCGCAUGAUCAUCGACGGAAAGGAGCACCCCCACAGCUUCUACCGCGACGGCGAGGAGACUCGCAACGUCGAGGCCCGUAUUACCCGCCAGGGAAUCGAGCUCACGAGCGGCAUCGCGGGGCUCCUGGUGCUGAAAAGCACCGGGUCCGCCUUCCACGGCUUUAUUCGCGAUGAGUACACCACGCUCCCCGAGACCUGGGAUCGCAUCCUCUCGACCGACGUCGACGCUACUUGGAGUUGGAACACUCUACCUAGCGUGGCGGCGGUCGAGCAGAAGGUGGGCCAGUUCGACAAGGCUUGGGAAGACGCCCGUAAAAUCACCAUGAAGACCUUUGCCGAAGAGAGCAGUCCUUCGGUCCAGCAUACCAUGUACAAAAUGGGCGAGCAGAUCCUCGAGGCCGCGUCUGAGGUCAAGUCGGUCACUUACGCGCUGCCCAACAAGCACUACUUUGAGAUCGAUCUAUCCUGGCACAAGGGUCUUAAGAACACGGGCAAGGACGCCGAAGUAUACGCGCCGCAGUCCGGACCCAACGGUUUGAUAAAAGUCGAAAUCUCACGCUCGUAGACGCUAUUUUGUUUUAUUACCUAUACAGAUUUGUAUCAUGUCUUCGGCGUAAUGCGCGGGCCUGCGAUUGUUUUUUUUUUUUUUUAAUUCCGUAAUUAAUUAUC